GGCGGAUUGGAGGGGGGAGAGAGGGGACGGGAAGCGAGGGUCGCGCGCAGGGACUGAAGGGAGGAAAAAAACGGAUCGGGAGCGGAGCUCCGUGAUGUGUCUGGGGUGCUCCCGAACCCGAAAAACCGCCGCAUAGAGCGGAUUAAAACACACUCUUUUUGACAGACUAAGCGCAAACACCCGCUGUGGUGGGAGAUUGAAGCCUGGAGAUUACCCCAGAGGAGGACCGAGCGAGCGAGCGAGCCGCGGCGGGGCUGGAAGCGGAGCAGCAAUCCCGGAUGGCUAGGCGCGGCUGCCCCCGCUCUCUCCCACCGUGACCCGGCGGAGACACUCGCAGGACUGCCGCGGAGCUCAGCGUGAGGACAGUUACACCGCGUUUCCUCCGUUCCCAGCCGUUAAACCCCGGCCUGUUUCCGCGGAAACGGGAAUUUUGGGAUCGAACAUAAACAAACAACCGCUUGGGGUGGGAGAGUCUUCAUCAGGCAGCCUCGGAGGGGAGUGAGUGUGCGGUAAUAACUGCGUGUUUUCAGCCCCCUGGUGCUCCGUUAUUGCGGGUAUCUCGGUGUUCUGACAUGGCUGUGUUAGAGUGAAGGAACCAGCGGCAUUAUGGGAUGUAGCAGGACUGUGCAGUGACCCCGCUCAUUGGAAGGAAACAUUCCGUGUGCGGGAGCGGGAACAACCAGACCCAAACACACAGACAGACACAGACAAGCACGCACGCGCGCGCGCGCGCACACACACACUGCUAUCCAUUCUGUUAACACACACCUAAUCAGCCCGCAGCCAUGCCCGUCUUUAAUGGCCUGCUGAAGGUUCGGGUGGUUGAAGCAGCGGAUCUGAAGCCCACCGCGUGGGCAUUGCGUCACGCCGUGGGGAAGAGCGGCUCUUUCCUGUUGGACCCCUACCUGACCUUGAACCUGGACGAGACCCGCCUGGGCCAGACCGCCACAAGAACCAAGACCAACAAUCCGGCCUGGCACCAGGAGUUCUGCACCGAGGUCCGAGAGGGACGCAAACUGGAGCUGUCGGUGUUCCACGAUGCUCCCAUCGGGUAUGACGACUUCGUGGCCAACUGCACCAUCCAGCUGGAGGACCUGCUGCAGAACGGAACCAGGCACUACGAAGACUGGAUCGACUUGGAGCCGGAGGGGAAGGUGUACGUGGUCAUCGAUCUGUCUGGAUCCACCACUGAGGCCUCGGGGACUAACGAGAAUGAGGAGAGGGUUUUCCGCGAGAGGAUCGGUCCUCGCCGCCGACAAGGAGCCGUCCGAAGACGCGUCCAUCAAGUCAAUGGACACAAGUUCAUGGCCACCUACUUGAGGCAACCGACCUACUGCUCACAUUGCAGAGAUUUUAUCUGGGGUGUGCUGGGGAAGCAGGGAUACCAGUGUCAGAUAUGUACCUGUGUUGUCCAUAAGCGCUGCCAUCUGCUCAUCAUCACCACGUGCGCUGGGAUGAAGAAGCAGGACGAAACAGCCGAGGAGGUGGGCUCAAGGGGGUUCAGCGUUAACAUUCCCCACAAGUUCAGUAUCCACAACUACAAGGUGCCUACCUUCUGUGACCACUGUGGCUCUCUGCUGUGGGGCCUCAUGAGGCAGGGCCUGCAGUGUAAAGCGUGCAAGAUGAACGUGCACCGGCGCUGUGAGAAGAAUGUAGCUCCUAAUUGUGGGGUGGACGCCCGAGGAAUCGCCAAGGUGCUGGCUGACAUGGGAGUCACACCUGAAAAAAUCUCUAACACAGCACAGCGCAGGAGGAAGGUAACUGGAUGCAAAUUGGCCUAAGCCGCCGCCAUCAUCAAUAGAAAUGAUCUACUAUUAAAACUGAAAAACUCUCCA